UGCGGAAGCUGGAGUCUCUGUUUACUGAAGGGAGAGAAUUCACUUGGUAAACCUCAAACUGACCCUGAAACAUGCUGCAACUCUUCAUACUCACUCUCAGCCUGUUACCAUGGAUCCCAGCCAUCCUCUGUGGGGUAACUACCGUGGAAGAGUUUGCAGUCCUGGAAGGCCGAUCCCUUCAAAUCCCGUGUCAUUAUGAGCCUCAGUAUGCCACUUAUGUAAAAUACUGGUGUCAAGGGAGGACAAGGGAAUUCUGCAGCAGCUUAGCUCGAACAGAUAACCCUGGUCCAGUCAAUCCGACUGAGGACAAAGUGAUCAUUUCUGAUGACCGGGCCCAGCUGGUGUUCACAGUGACCAUGAAUAACCUGAAGGAGGAGGACUCUGGGUGGUACUUGUGUGGCGUGGAGAUAGGUACUGGAUGGACAGCUGAUACUGUCGCAUUCACUAACAUCAAAGUCUUUCAUGGUUUGUCUGUGGUGAACAGCAGACUGAGCGGGGAAGAAGGGAGUAGUGUCACAGUUGAAUGCCUCUACAGUGAGAGAUACAGAGAAAGUGAGAAGAAAUGGUGUCGGAGUGGAGACUGGAGCUCCUGUCUGCUGACAGACUCUGAAGGGAGCUACGAUGACACUUCAGUGGCCAUCAGCGAUGACAGAACUGGGGCUUUCACUGUAACCUUAAAGAAUCUGGAGAUGAGAGAUAGCGGCUGGUACUGGUGUUCUGCAGGACAGCAGCAGACAGCUGUGCAUCUUCUGGUGACACCCCGACCCACAACCACAUCAGUGUCUACGACCCCGAGUCCCACUACACCAAGUCCAUCUUUUCCUAUAUCCCAUUCUCCACCCAAAUCUGUCAACAGGGAGUCCUGGAAGAGUAAAAGUUACAUCUUGGAGUCUUUGCUGGUUUGCUCUUCUAUAUUGGUCCUUGUGGGCUUGGCAAUAUUGGCAAGAAAGAUGUGGAAACUACACAAGCAGGAGCCUGCUCCAGGACGAGUUAAGGAGAUGAAGGCAAGGCUCAGUGACUCUUUAGGGGACGGAAGUGAUGGCCAAGGCACUGCUGUCAUUUUCCAUAACAGGGAUUCCCAGGACAUAAACAUGUACUGAGCUUGUCAGUAUAGUCAGUGCAGUGUUUAAUGGUACUCCCUGUAACUGAACGUCAUUUCUGUUAGUUCACUGCGAGAGCACAUGCUGUCAGUGCUGGAACAUGCUGUCCCAGUGUCCUCUCAAUUUUACAUACAGAACCACAUCUAAAGACAUUUACGAUGUUUUUCUGCUUGCUGCUUUCCAUAUGGAACUAGUAAAGUCUGGACAUAUUACAGCAUAUACUCCUCCUGUAAGACACAUUUUACAUAAUAUAAUCAAGUGAUCUUCUUUUUAAUGUGGUCAAAAGAAUGGCUAUAACUAUCACUAAGGAUGCAGAUAUCACGUCUUCAGAAAUUCUUUUUUUUUGUGCUUUGUGGAUUUUAGCAGCCUAGGUGCAGUUUACAUUCUAUAUCUAAAAACAUACACAUUAUAUUUUAUAUUUUACUUUAUAUACAGGCUUUGAUUUUAGUCUGAUUCCAGGAUUGGAUUGGAUUUAGUAUAUUUAAAAUGGACUACUUUCUGGCCAGCAAAAUAAAUAGAUCUAGGAUUCAUUAUUUCUCUACUAGACUUGUAUUUACAUGGCAAAAUUAAAUAGUAACACUUUAUUUUACAGGUCUGUAACUUCUUGAUAAUGUCCUGUGAAGUUUGAUGGAAAUAACUUUGUCAUUUGGUACUAAUUAAAGGGAAAAUAGAGUGUUAAUGUUUGUAAUUGUUAUUUACGUUAAACCUACAAUAACUUUAUAAAAUGCUUCAGCUUGAUUUUUGGACAGUAGAGGGCAGCAGAAACAAGAAAACACAACAAUGACAUAUCAUCACCUUUUUUAGUUUAUAUGGUGAACUCGUUAGGUAAUCACAUAUCCAGCAGAUACGGA